AUGAACGGCGUUGCCCGUAACGCGACGCUCGCGGCGCGCAAGCAGCUAUCUGCUCCAAGCUUCGUCUGCCGCACCUGUCGCCAACAGCGACAGCGCCGGCAAUACUCGAGCAACAUCACCCCACUGCCGCCCGCCCCGCCUGCAGCCGGCUACGCGGCCCUCCCGUCUCGACGUCUCAUCUCCGUCGCCGGUCCCGACGCCGCAAAGUUCCUGCAAGGCGUCAUCACGGGCAACAUCGCGUCCAAGGAGGCCCGCGCGCGGCAGACAGGCUUCUACGCCGCGUUCCUCAACGCCACCGGCCGCGUGCUGCACGACGUCUUCAUCUACCCGGAUAUCGCUGGCCUCGGAGGCGGCGUCGCGGCGGAGUCGGAGCAGGCCGGCACCAGAUUCCUGAUUGAAGUCGACGCCAACGAGGCCGAAAGACUGGCGAAGCAUAUCAAGCGGUACAAGCUGCGGGCCAAGCUCAAUGUGCGACUACUCGCGAUGGAUGAGGCGACGGUGUGGCAUGCCUGGGACGACAGCGGGAAGCCGAUCACGACGGACGCUGCGUUGCUGAGCACGAUCACCCGGGAUCCGAGAACGCCGGGAUUGGGGUACCGCUUGGUGCAGGGCAAGGACACGCCGCCGCCGCUGGAUCUCGACGCGACGACAGAGGACAGCUACACGAUCAGGCGAUACAUGCAGGGCGUCGCCGAGGGCCAGGACGAGAUCAUUCGGGAACAUGCGCUGCCGCAGGAGACGAACAUGGACUACAUGAAUGGAAUCGACUAUCAUAAGGGCUGCUACGUGGGGCAGGAGCUCACGAUCAGGACGAAGCAUCGUGGAGUGGUGCGCAAGAGGAUACUGCCGUGCAUGAUUUACGACGUGGACAGGGCCAUUCCCCAAACGCUCCAGUACCGGCCGGAGCAGGAUGCGAAUCACGGCCCCGAGGGCUUGCCCGCAGAGACAAUUCCGCGAGAGACGAGCAUCGGCAGGUCAGGCAAGAGGGGGAGAAGCGCUGGCAAGUGGCUCAAGGGCAUUGGAAACGUCGGCCUAGGACUCUGCCGUCUAGAGAUCAUGACGGACGUUGUCCUCCCUGGUGAGACGGCCGCUUCGUCCUUUGACCCUGCCGAUGAAUUCCUUUUACAGUGGGGUGAGGAGGAUAAGAACAAUGCAGUGAAGAUCAAGGCGUUCGUGCCAGAGUGGUUGAGAGAAGGGUUGGCAUCUGCACAGUAG